UGAUGGCGAGAACCGGAGAAGUUGUCUGGUGAGCAGCGCUGGCGGACCUGAGCCCCUCUCUCCUCUCUCUCCCGCUCCGCGCCGCUGGCACCGCAGGCGCGGAACCCCACGAGCUUUGCCGACGGCCGGAGCCCGCCGCGGGGUGAGGACACGUUCCUGAGCGGUAUGUGUGGCCGGAGCCCACUGCUGCAGCUGGUAGCAUGAGUGCUGGCCCCCAGCUGCAGCUGGCUCUCCUCUGGCCUUGGCUGCUCAUGGCGACCCUGCAGGCAGGACUUGGCCACACAGGGCUGGCGCUGGCCGCGGCGGUCGAGUCGGAGAGGUCGGCGGCGCAGAAAGCCAUCAUCAGGGUGAUCCCCCUGAAAGUGGAGCCCAUCAUCCUGGAAGGGGAGUUUGCUAACGUCGCCGAGGUGACUCCAGCCGAGGGAAAACUGCUCCAGUCCCACCCGCUGUCCCUGUGCAACACCAGCGAGGAUGAACACACUGAAUCGGGGUUCAUCACCAUUGUCAAGCUUGAACAGCCGGAUCGGGAUCCCAACCCGUGCCUGUCACUGGCUAACAAGGCAAAGCUGGCGGGGGAGCGUGGAGCCCGUGCGAUCCUUUUUGACAUUACUGAUGAUGAAAGCGCUGCUGAUCAGCUGAGAAAGCCCCGAGGUCUGAGUCAGCCCGUGGUUCUGAUCAGGGGCCACGAUGCUGAGCUUCUCAUGGGCGUCGUGAACAAGAACAGAGAGGCCCACGUGAAGAUAGAGGUCAAGGAGCCACCAGCUUGGCCAGACUACGAUGUGUGGAUUCUUCUCACAGUGGUCAGCACUGUGGUCGUCAUCAUUUUGAUUUUUGUUGUCCGCACAAAGUGCCAGCUGAACAGGACUCAGGACUCCUUGCAGCAGCAGACCAUGCAGGCCAUCGGGCAGCUGGCCACACGCAGGUACCAGUCACGAUGCCGGCAGGCGCCGCGGUGGGACUCGACCAGCAGCUGCAGCUCAGCCCCAGUCUGUGCAAUUUGCCUGGAGGAGUUCAGUGAGGGCCAGGAACUGCGGAUCAUCUCAUGCUCCCAUGAAUUUCACCGGGCAUGUGUUGACCCCUGGCUGCAGCAACACCACACGUGUCCACUUUGCAUGUUCAACAUUCUUGACAGAGACUUGGUGGACCAGGCCACAGCCGCUGGCUCCCGCCUGGCCCCUCGGGACAUGGAGCCCGGACGGCGACUCCACCUUUUCCGCCAGCACCCAGGACAUGCCCUUUACCACCUUCCACACGCGUAUCCUCAGAGGAACCUCAGGAGCUUUCCCCCAGAUCCAGCCCAUGGCAACCCCUUCUUCCACUCUCCGGAGCUCUCCCAGCUGGAUUUUGGCACCAUCCACUACAUGCCCUACAGGCCAACCUCCCUGCUCGCCUGUGGCCACCCGUCCCCCCUGGCCCCGGGCUUGCUGGGCCAGCAGCAUCCCAACCCCUCGGCAUGCGGACAGACGCUGUCACCCCACAGGACUUGUUCUCUCCAGCCCCAGCCUCCCUGCCCGGGGCUCAAGGCAGCCCUGGCGCAGAAGCAGCACCGUGCACCCGCCCUGCGCCGGGGGGUCAGCCACGGGCACCAGCACAACAGCAGUGGCUCUGGGGAGAGCUAUCUCACGGACCACAGCGGGUACCUGGCAGAUGGGCCAGGCAGUGAUUCCAGCUCAGGGCCCUGCCACGGUUCCUCCAGUGACUCCAUGUUGAACUGCACAGACGUCAGUCUGCAGGGCAUCCACGGAAGCUGCUCCACUUUCCGGAGCUCCCUCAGCAGCGACUACGACCCCUUCGUGUACUGCAGCUUGGAGGGACCUGCCAUGGACCACAGCCAGGAGCAGCCGCGGCCGCUGAGGGAGACACGACCCAGGUCCUUGGACCUGAUGGUGCCUGGCGGUGCUGCUCCGGCCAAGCCGCAGAUGCUCAGCCACGUUCACUACCACCAUCACCAGCACCAUCACUACAGACGAGACACAGAGUGUCCACCCGGGCGGGCCGGGCAGGUGCCAGGGCAGCGCAAAUCCCGGUACUCUGGGGCCAAGGUUGGCUUCCAUGGUGCUCGGACACAAAAGAGGACCGAGAAAAGCCAUCACUGUCAGCAGCCUCUGGAAAGCAGCACUGUGCUACAGGAGGCAGCUUCGGCAGGACAGCCAGCCUGUCCCCAGCAAGGCCAGGAGCCCCCUCAUGCCCCCUCCACUUCUCCAAACAGGUUGGACUUCAGCGUAGAUGCCAACAGACAAUCGGGAUCAGCUGGCACAUCCCCUGUCAUGCUGCCCCCGAGACACAGCUUACAGAGCCGUCAUCACCGAAGGAAAAGAAAGUGUCCCCUGGAGCCCGACCCUUCUCUCCUGCCUGAGGACUCAGCCUUGCCCAAAGCCUGCGAUGCUCAGGUUCCUCACAGCCAUCCCGCUGGCUACCGCUGCUCGCCCGAAGUCCAGCCCCUGAUCCCAAGCGCUCCCCUGCCCUAUGGCUCAGGCUCCCGGCCGCUCUGGAAGUGUUUAGUGCCACAGCCUGGCUUAGAGCUGAAAAAGCAGGAGGAGGUGGUGUCAGGACAGGAGGGAAACCACACGGUUCCUGCUGAUUUCUCAGGGACAGGCACCCCCAGACAUAGUCUGAGUCUUCACCUUCACUGCCCCUCUCAGCAGGGUGGUCAGGGAUCUGAAGAGGAGGUCCAGGAUGUCCAUGAACACUCAGUUUAAUAAAACACUGGCCUGUUUUCUUACUGGUGAGCUGGAGUGGACAAAGAUGUUCAGCACACUGACCGUAGAGGAGCUCACAUUUUGCUCUCUGCACAGGCAACAUGUAAUAACCGACCCUGACCUGCACAGCCCACGCCAAGAUGCAGACUGCAAAUAAGCAACAUGACACUUGUGGUCUCCUCACAUGUUCCCAUGUUGUGAUGGUCACACAAACACAGAGCCAUGAUCUCCAGGUCCCCUUCGCCUUUGAAGGCACAGGCAGCCCAUCUUCAUCCUGUGGCAUCUAUCUGCAUGGGCUGGCUCGCUCAGAGACUGGUCUUGGGACCAGCUGGAGUGCUCAUGGAGCGAGUGCAAGCUGCUAUUUUGGCAUGUUCAUGCCACAGAAGGUUUUGCUAAACACUUCAAAAAUAAACAAGCCUUCGAGACCGAAAGCUGCAGAAAUGACUUUCUGUGGCCUGGUAGCUUCUGACUUCAUUUCCUCACUUAGGUCAAAAGCCAGACUUCUUCAUUUAACUUUUUCACUCUUAUUUCAGACACAGGAAGAAGCUGUUCUCCAUCUCAACACUCACAGGUCUGCCCUGCAAAGUGCUGCUUCUGUCUUCAUUGGAAACCAACAGCUCUCACCAUUGCCCCUCAGCUGAUGCCAUCUCGGCCAUUUGCUGUGUUUUGCCAGCAGCAGGAGAGGUGAAGACACAGGGACGAUAUCAGCAUUUCUGGGAAGGAGCAGGGUCAGGUUCUUUCCGUUGCAAGGAAUCCACCCUCUCAUCUGGCAAUGUGAACAAAUCUUUUACUCAUCCUCUAACUCUUCCACCUACCCUCAAAAUAGGUGAGAUGGCCAGCCCUGUUAAGAGCCAAGCU